AUGUCUUCUGCCAACGUCGAAGAGCACAGGAAACUCAUCCCCUUCAGCCAUUUCAUCUCCUCCACCGGCAACCACGGGUCAUUGAUGGUCUCCGACGUCUUCAUCGACCCAAGCAAGCUCAACAAACUGAUCGAGCUCUUGACCCCCUGUUAUCAUAAAAUGCACGCGUAUCCGGAGUGCAAGUUCAUCGAGAUGGCCCAGAACCCGCAGGACCCGGCACAUAUUAGAUAUGUCCAUGCUUGGACGAAGGGCACGGAUUGGUUCAGAGAGAAUAUUGAGACUCAGCCUUGGUUUGCUGAGUAUGUCAAGGAGCUUGCUGCGAUAUCUGACAAGAGUAAGAAGCGAAGCGUUGAGCACUUCAAUUGGAUCCCGCUGAAGUAG